AAUAGCACUACAAUUAUACGAAAUUAAAUUUGAUUGAUCCACUUAUUAAUAUAUACUUUAUGUUUAUAGCUCUUACAUCAAAUUCCCCUUCAUUUGCUUUCUUAAACGGAACAACUACGACAAAGAAAGAAACGGGGAAUUCGAUAGCGAAAGCCCCCUUCCCAAGAUACGCUUCUUUGCUACAGCCAAAGCCAGAGAUAAUGUCGGACGCUUUGAUCAAUGGACUUGCGGGAGCCGGGGGAGGGAUCAUCGCUCAACUCAUCACUUAUCCUCUUCAAGUGGUAAAUACUCGUCAACAAACAGAGCGUGAUCUCAAGAAAGAGAAACGGAAACUUGGAACCAUUGAACAAAUGUGCCAGGUUGUAAAACAAGAAGGAUGGGAGCGGUUGUACGGAGGCUUAACCCCUUCUUUAGUUGGUACAGCUGCAUCACAGGGUGUUUACUAUUAUUUCUAUCAAAUAUUCAGGAACAAAGCUGAAACUGCAGCAGUUGAACGCCAGAAAAAAGGGGUUGGUGAUGGAUCAGUUGGAAUGAUUUCAUCACUUAUUUUAGCUGCUUUAGCUGGGUGCGUAAAUGUGCUGUUGACAAACCCCAUUUGGGUAGUUGUGACACACAUGCAGACUCACUCAAAAAUCUCAGAGAAAGACUAUCCUAAUAGGUUGGCAACCACUACACCAGAGGAAACAGUCCUUUCUGUCAUUGAGCCUCUUCCUUAUGGAACUAGCCAUGCGAUUCAAGAAGUCUAUGAUGAAGCUGGAUUUUGGGGCUUCUGGAAAGGUGUAUUCCCAACAUUGAUCAUGGUCAGCAAUCCUUCUAUACAAUUUAUGCUGUAUGAAACGAUGUUGAAGAAGCUGAAGAAGAGCCGGACCCUUAGUAAGCAGGGUAAAAACGGAGUAACUGCAUUGGAGAUAUUUCUUCUUGGAGCUUUGGCAAAACUCGGAGCCACUGUUGUAACGUAUCCCCUUAAUGUUGUAAAGUCAAGAUUACAAGCAAAACAAGUUACAACUGGGGACAGAAGGCAUCAUUACAAAGGGACUCUGGAUGCCAUUCUAAAGAUAAUCCGCUACGAAGGCUUCUCCGGCUUUUACAAAGGUAUGAACACGAAAAUCGUACAAAGCGUUCUGGCAGCUGCUGUCUUGUUCAUGGUUAAAGAGGAACUUGUCAAGGGUACUCAAUUGUUGCUUGUUAAGGAUGGCAUCCAUACUCUGAAAUCUAAGCCUCCUUGACCCUGAAACUCUCUCGCUCUCCUCAUUCGUGUGUUGUUGGUCAAAACAUUCAACUUGGAUUAUAGAAUAUAUUAGCAGGCAUGUAGCUUGAAAUAGAAGGGAUUUAUAAGGAGUACUUGUAGAAAAUAAAAUCAUUUAUGGGUUCUAUAUACAGUUCAAUUUGUUCUAUAUAAAAGCUUCAUAGUUCAGUCGAUUUCUGUA